AUGAAGAAGCUCACUCAAAUUAUAGGCGCUUGGAAGGAUUUAUUGGAUUUGGCUGCCUAUCGCAGAAAAUAUUUAGAGGAAGCUGUCGAGUACCAUCAUCAACUAUUUGCUGACGCAUACGAUAUUUGGAAUCUCCAUCAGCAAGCAGAUGCUUUAGGUCCUGAGGCUGCUAGCUCUCCAGAAGAAUUUCAACGUUUAGUUUCCAUUGACAAUCGUUACAAAGAACUAUUAGAAUUGGUCAAACUCAAAAAAAACAACUUUUGCUUGACGCUUCUAUCUCUGUAUGAACUCCUAUCGGAGAUCGACGAAGUCAAACAAUGGAUCAGCGAAAAAGACGGAAGGUUGCAAACAACGAUUCCAGCCAGAGACAUCGAAGACGUGAACAGAUCACUGUCAGGCAAAACUUACUUAUCCAGAAAUAGGCCGAGCUGCGUGAAAAAGCAAAAGCCAAACGCGAAAAACUCAAUUUUUCUUAUGAAGUGCAAACGUUCCACAUCGAAUGUCGCCACACGACCACUUGGAUCGAAGACAAAAUCAGAAUUCUACAAGAAACUGACAGUUUGGAAAUGGACCUUACCGGGAUUAAGACUUUGUAACGGCCUCUUAGCGAAAUGGAAAGAGAUUUGGCCGAUAUCUAAGCCAAAGUGA